AUGAUACAUCUUCCACCACCACCACAACAACAACAACAACUGCAAGCACAAACGUCGUCGAUGAAAGAGAGCGGAGGUAAUCGUAAGCUUGGAGUGCAUCGUCUGAAACGGGAGAGGUCAAGCGCCGAUCGAGUGGUGGCCACUGUGAUCGCGACUGGUUCGACGAUGAAUAGCUCAGCAGUGACGGGAUCGUUACAGCAACCGGCUGGCACGGUUAGUGGAGUUGUUGUGAGUUGCCGUGUGAAUGAAUUGGUUUGGUAG